AUGGCGGUCAAGGCUCCAUGGUUGGGUUUCUUACUUCUGGUGUCCCUCUGGGGGCUGUCAUCUCCAGCCCUGCUCCUCAGGCGCCUGAGAGAACACAUUCAGAAGUCCCAGGAGAGCUCUAGCCUGCACCUAGGCCUUGGCCUAAGUCAGGGUCCUGCGGCUGCCCCCAAACAAGGGUGGUUAGAGCAGCCGCUAGAUCCCUUCAAUGCAUCCGACAGGCGAACCUUCCUGCAGCGGUACUGGGUGAAUGAUCAACACAGAGCUGGCCGAGAUGCACCAGUAUUUCUAUACAUAGGCGGCGAGGGCAGCCUUGGGCCUGGCUCAGUGAUGGCAGGGCAUCCUGCAGCACUGGCCCCUGCCUUGGGGGCCCUGGUGAUAAGCCUGGAACACAGAUUCUAUGGUCUGAGUAUGCCUGCUGGGGGCCUGGACAUGGCCCAGCUUCACUAUUUGUCCAGCCGCCAUGCGUUAGCUGACGUGGCCUCUGCCCUUCAGGCGCUUUCCCGCCUCCUCAAUGUGUCUUCCUCCAGCCCUUGGAUCUGCUUCGGAGGCUCCUACGCUGGCUCGCUGGCGACCUGGACCCGGCUGAAGUUUCCCCACCUCGUCUUCGCCGCCGUCGCCUCCUCCGCGCCGCUGCGUGCGGUAGUGGACUUCUCUGCCUACAACCAAGUGGUGGCCAGAAGCCUGACUCGAGCUGCCAUCGGAGGGUCACAGCAGUGCCUGGCGGCGGCCUCUGCAGCCUUCGCGGAGGUGGAGCGGCUGCUGCGCUCAGGCCCGGCAUCUCAGGCGGUGCUCCGGGAAGAACUGGGCGCCUGCGGGCCCCUGCACCUCACCGAAGACCAGGCCGAGCUGCUGGGGGCGUUGCAGGCGCUGGUGGGGGGCGCCGUGCAGUACGACGGGCAGGCGGGGGCGCCGCUGAGCGUGCGCCAGCUCUGCGGACUCCUCCUCGGGAACCCGGGCAACCGCAGUCACUCCACGCCCUACCUCGGGCUCCGCCGAGCGGCGCAGAUAGUCUUGCACAGCAUGGGCCAGAGGUGUUUAAGCUUCUCCAGAGCGGAGACGGUGGCACAGCUCAGAAACACCGCCCCUCAGGUGUCUGGCGUGGGGGACCGGCAGUGGUUGUACCAGACAUGCACGGAAUUCGGCUUCUAUGUCACCUGUGAGAGUCCUCAGUGUCCUUUUACCCAGCUCCCAGCACUGCCCUUCCAGCUAGAGCUGUGUGAACAAGUGUUUGGUAUCUCAGCUGCAUCGGUUGCCCAGGCUGUGGCCCAGACAAAUUCCUAUUAUGGUGGCCAGACCCCUGGAGCCACCCAAGUACUGUUCGUUAAUGGGGAUACAGAUCCCUGGCACGUACUGAGUGUAACACAGAACUUGGGACUCUCUGAGCCAGUCCUUCUCAUUCCUAGUGCCUCCCACUGCUUGGAUAUGGCACCUAUGAGGCCUUCAGAUUCUCCCAGCCUCUGCCUGGGACGCCAGAAAAUCUUCCAGCAGUUACAGGUCUGGCUCAAGGAGAUAAAGAAGAGCUAGAAUUGAUGUAAACCCAGCCCUUCACCAGCCACAUUAUGGCAACUGCAUCUUGGCAUUUUUCUUCACCGUACAAAAGAAAGCAGCUGGCUUGGAAGGAGGAAGUUCCCAGACUUAAGAGUCAGCGCUUGUUCUACAUACCUGUUCUCCAAUCAUCCCCGUUGCCAACUACAAGGGCUUCGUCACAGACCAGUGUAAAAGCAGGCAAACGAUCACUGUUCUUUGUUGGUAUUGGUAUUAUGUAUGGUAAAUGUCAGGGAAAUGUGGCUGUCCCUGCUGGAGCCUUCUUCUCCCAGAUCAGAAAUCUGGCUUCUGGCCUGGGCACCUGCUGCCCAUGAUCUCCACAUCCUGACUGAUUCUGCCAAGUCUUAGUCUGUGGUGGUGAACCUUCAUUGUCAGCCUCAUUGUUACCUGGAUUUAGAAUCACCAUAGAAGCAUAACUCUGCACUGUCUCAUCUCUGUAGUCCCAGGCGAAUAAAAAAGGAAAA